AUGACCUCACAGCUAGACAAUAUGACUGGGAAAUGGAACAGAACCUUUGAGCCUCAUUUCACAUUUGAGUCUGACUUCUACUUGGACAAGAAGAGGUCUGUGGAGGUGCUCAUGAUGCACUAUAAAUUUCUGACCACACCCUACAUCCAGGAUGAUGAUCUGCCCUGCUCUGUGGUAGAGCUGAAGUACACAGACAAUGCCAGCGCCCUGUUCAUCCUCCCUGAUCAGGGCAGGAUGCAGCAGUUGGAAGUCAGCUUGCAACCAGAGUCCCUGAGGAAGUGGAAGGACUCUCUGAGGCCCAGGAAGAUCGAUGAGCUCUACAUGCCCAAGUUCUCCAUCUCCACUGACUACAGCCUGGAGAACAUCCUUCCACAGCUGGGCAUCAGGAAAGUCUUCUCCUCACAGGCUGAUCUGUCUGGGAUCACAGGGGCCAUGGUCCUGGGAGUCUCUCAGGUGGCCCACAAGGCUGUGCUGGAUGUGGCUGAGACAGGCAUGGAUGGAGUCCUAGUGUAUUCCAACAGGCCAUUCCUGGUGAUUAUCUCUGACACAAAUACUCAGACUCCACUCUUUAUGGCCAAAGUCACAAAUCCCAAGGGAAACUAG